AUGAAGAGGCGUAGUGAUCCACAGUUGAAGAUGGCUAUUCGGCAUCUUUUAGAAACUAUGUUGCCCAAUCUGCUUUGGACGUCUCUUAAGGAACCCUACCAAUUCAUCCUCUUGUCUUCUCCAACCAGAUGCGAAAUCCGGGAAACCGAACCAAUUUCCGUGCCUUCUCCAACUUUCCACAUCUGUGAAAUUCCACAAAAGAAUAACAUCAAUGCGAAAUCCAGGAACCGAACCAAUCACAGGUCUCAUAUAGGGGGGCCGCAGUAUCCUCCGCCUCCGCCAAUUGUCUCUCAUCAAAGCGAAAACAAUCCGCAUCACCAUCAGCAUCAUCCCCCCCUUCCUUCGUUUUCCCAUCAACACAGCCACCACAGCUCGGAAGUCGCUAACAAACCCUCUGUUAGGGUUUAUUCUAAGGCGGAGACUAAUUACUCUUUGACCAUCCGGGAUGGGAAGGUUAUCCUUGCCCCUUCCAAUCCAUCAGACCCAUUUCAGCACUGGGUUAAAGAUGAUAAGUACAGCACAAGAGUCAAGGACGAACAGGGUUUCCCCAGCUUUGCGUUGAUUAAGAAAGCCACUGGGCAGGCCAUGAAACACUCCAUUGGAGCCACACAUCCUGUUUUGCGUGACCAAAGAGUGCGUUCCACCUUUCUACGACAAAUUCAGUUUCAUGAUGGACAACUACAAAAAUGCACGAAGAAAAAGCCACUGAGUGGAAUGUGGAGUCUUUCUGGCAUGAAUGAAAGAGGGCACUCAAAGUAUAGCAUGAGUGUCAGUAUGUACCGUGAAGGAGCUAGAGGAUAUGGAAGAACCAGAACCGCUCCUCCUGAUUUGCCAUCUUUGCUUCUAGACACUCGAAUUGUCUAUCUUGGAAUGCAAAUUGUACCAGCCGUAACUGAGCUUCUUGUCGCUCAGUUUAUGUGGUUGGAUCGUGAGAGCCCAUCAAAGCCCAUAUAUCUAUGCAUAAACUCAUCUGGCACCCAGAUUGGCUUGGAUGGAAUUCGUAUGCUUGACCCAGCAACCAGUCGGUUUCUGCGAAUUUAUCCUCUCGACACAAUAACUAGAUGUGAAGCUUUUGAUUCUUCAACAUUUGCUUUUUGCUGUAACUCUACAGGUCUAUACUCUCUUCACUUCGUUACUAUGGAAACUACACUUGAAGAACGCGUGAAGAAGAUUAUUUAA